AUGGCGGACUACGGUGGAGAGUACGGGCACCCGUACCCGCGCGUCGACGAGUACGGCAACCCAGUGCCGCCGGUCGACCAGUACGGCAACCCCAUCCCAAGGGAACCGGGCCAGGUUCCGGCGUACACCUCGGGGGGCGCCGCUCCGCCCUACAGCUCUGACGGCGCGGGCGCGGUGACGUCGGCCGACUAUGGAGCGGGUGUCACGCCGGGCUACGGCCUGAGCGGCGCCGUGCACCCGCAGGAGAGCGUGGUAGGCGGUGCCGUUUUCCCGUCCGGCACGGCGCACACGCACGAGGGCGCGCUAAGCGGCAGCCUCGCCCCUGGCGAGACCACGGCAUACGCUUAUGAGGGCAUGGUCGGCAGUGGCAUCGGCACCGGCGACCAGAUCCAGCCCACCAAAGAGGGGCACACGACGCUGGGCGAGACUUUGCGGCGCUCCUCCAGCUGUAGAUCCAGCUCGUCGUCCGAGGAUGACGGGCAAGGCGGGAGGCAGAGGAAGAAGAAGAGCAUGAAGGCGAAGAUAAAGGAGAAACUCCCGGGCAGCCACAAGCAGGAGGAGCACAAGGCCGGGCACACGGUGCCACCGGCUGGGACGGGGACGCACGAGAAGAAGGGCAUCAUGGAGAAGAUCAAGGAGAAGCUCCCUGGACACCACUGA